AUGGCUUCUUCAUCUGAUUGCUCCCGGUUAUUCGAGGAGGUGCAAAACAAAACUAUGCCAUGGAUAGGAUUGUAUAUUGCAGCUGCUACUACCUUGUGCAGUCUUGCAAUGGCAGCUGAUGCUUUCAUUGGCUUUAGGAGCAAAAGGUAUUGGCUCCCCUCCAAAUGUUUCUCUCUCAACGCUUUCUCCUUGACUAUAUUAGCUGUCACCAUGAAGCUGCCUGUGGAUCUUACAAGCACUGACCUUAGUUCCAUUGAUCAAUAUGCUCGGAUUAGCAGCCUUCUUUUCAUGUCUACUUGUAUGAAUAACUUCAUCAUAUCUUUGGGAUCCAUGGAGAAUAAUGAAAUUGUACUAAACUUAGCAGCUUUAGGCGUCCUAGUCAUCACUAUCAUGGUUAAUAUAUGCAUUCAUAUUGUUCAGAUGCAUCCAUUCACUUCCGGUGUGUUCUAUAUGUUGCUCCCACAAAUAGCAUCUCUUGUCAUCAUGCUCCUCUUCCUUGCAAUGUCAUGUUCUAUGUCCUUGAUGCUUCCAACUGCUAAAAGAUACCUAGAAUUGAAGUAUAAUGAGAUGCACAUAUUGGUUUCAAGUAGACAACUGGAUGAAAGUAUUGAUGAAGUUGGAAUAUUGGUGAAAGGGUAUUGGGUGAUGGCAGAAACCAGCAACCCACAGUUUGUGUUGGCAAGAUCUGCCAUUUCUUCUACUUCAGCUCUCUUGUGUAUUUUGAUAACCCUACUCUCCAUCCAAGUUUACCUUUUGGCAUCCCCCCUAUUAUCCACUUCAACUCUCAUCUAUUAUUGUGCACAUAACACUUCAAGCUAUAGCUGGUCCAUACACUGGAUUUUAAAAUUUCAAUUUACUGGAAUGUUCUUUGCUAGUAUAGCUCCUAUAUCCAGAUGGUUCACUGCUUUGACCAUCAAGGUCACAGAUACACAACAUAAGAGCUUCAGAGAUGAGCUCAAGGUUGACAAGUACUGGACUUUGAAUCUUGUAGAGUGGAUGGAUACAUCAAUUCCACUUCGAGUUCAAAACCGCCUAUGCAAGAAACUACUAUGUGAUGUACGAAGAUUUGUUCUAAAUAUCUGCAUUGGAUUUCAGAUUUUCUUUGUUUUAUCUGGCAAACUACUUCUAUUCCUCUUUGCUAUAUAUGGGAGAGGAGUUUAUUUGUUUGUCAGCAAGAAAUCUCAGAGUUCAAGGGAUGGAGCACAAUUAGAUUUUAGCCAAUAUGCUGUUCUACUUGAAGGUGAGCCACAAUUGCCUAGCUACAUCGUCAAGAACAUAUGCAAUGAGGCUGAUAGGCUUAUAAAGAAAGGCGAAGAAAAUCAACCCAAGAAUCUGAUCCGACUUCUGAAAGCAUCUUCAAAUUUCAAUGGGGUGGGACGAUUUGACAGCAACCAAGUUCCAAGCCAAGAACCUCCAAACUUCUGGUCUCUACCUGUCGUGACUUUGAUGACCAUUACAGUUGCACUUACCGACAUUGCAGAUGAUAAGGCUAACCAGUUAUUGGCUAGUGUUAGAGAGGGCUUGUCCGUCGUGAAAAUCAUUGAGGGAACUCUAGAUAGAAAUGGGGAGUUGGAAAGCUUCAGAAAAGCUGCAGAUGUGGUUUGGGUUGGAGUUGAAGUAUACAGAAAAUGGGAUUAUAAAGAUCUUGACAGCACGAGCUUAAGAGGUGCAACGUACGAGGAAACGCUGAAAAACCUCUCCUUUGUUGCAGAAAAGAUUGUGACUGAAUUCAUGGCUCAAACAAGAGAUGUUCUGAUGCAGAACCCUCUAAACUGGCCCGUUAGAGUUAUAGCUGCUAACUCAAUGUACAGAAUUGCUCGGACGAUCUUGUUAUGCAUGACAAAUGGCGAGCACCAAAGUGAUGACGAGCUGCUUGAGGGUAUAUCCAUCACCAUCUCGGAUAUAAUAGCAGUGUGCCUCACCAAUCUAGUGCAGGUCAUAACACUCAAUUGUCAUAUACACGACAUCAGAGAAAGGCAUGAGAGUGUGAGACGAGCAUUGGUUCUUUUUGGUGAGAGUAAAGAGAUUCUUGAAAUUCUACAACAGCGUGAGGUUCCGAGAUUGGAUGUGGAGAAAGUUGACGCAACAAUAGUGGGAUAG